AGCUGAGGGAGCCAACCGCAUCUGUCAUCUUGAAGCCAUUAGACCAAUUGCAGGGUGAAGGGGGAGGGAGCUUGCCGCACUGAUCUCUGUUUGCAGCAUCCCUAGAGCAGCCUCUGUUGUGUGAAAUACAAGAAGGGGCAAGACGGGGGGAGUAGAUCCUAGGAGGCAAUCUGAGAACGGGAAGGGGAUCUCUUGGAGGCAGCCGGGAUAGGAUUACUUUUGGUGUGUGGAGUUCAUCUUUAGAGAAAAUGUCUGUUUUGUCAAUGUAAACAGCCUGAGCAGGACCUGCACUGCUAAAGGGGGGAAGCAGAAGAGGAGGAGGAGGAGGGGCAGCUGCUGGAGGAAAUGCUGCCUCUUCCAAUGAAAUUUUCCCUGCUCUAGCAAACCCCGGCCUUCCGCAGCUCACCUCUGAAGUGAUGCAUGUUGUAUGUUAAGUUUUAGGUUUUAUUCUCCAGAUCAUACGGCCAAAGCAUCAUCAAUGCCUCAGCAGACCUCAAACCAGAGGGAAGACACCUGUGUCGACAAUGAGACACACUAGAGGCUGAGUGGCACAACAACAUCCACACACAGAUUGAAAAUACAUCCUUCAGUUAAAACAGUUACACCUGACCAUGGCUGUAACUGCUGCAGCUAAGGCAACUACAAGUUUUCUCUCCACAACUGCCACGACCACAAUCCCCUUCCUCUCGACAAGCUCGAGCACCAGAGACAAUAUUACCUCCAGAACAACAUUAAUGACUGUUACUAUAACGACGAACGAGACCAGCUUCAAUGCCACCACGUUUCCAGAGGCAGUGAUCGAAGGCUCGGGAAUGGGAAUGGUGCUCCUACCUUUUGGCAUCAUCACUGUCAUUGGUUUAGCAGUGGCAAUUAUGCUGUAUAUACGGAAACGAAAGCGGUUGGAGAAGUUGAGGCACCAGCUCAUGCCCAUGUACAACUUUGACCCAGCUGAAGAACAAGAUGACCUGCUGGAACAGGAACUACUGGACCACGGCCGGGAAGGCAGCCUCACAGGUCCCAAUGCCAAGUUUUGACAAUGGCAUAAUGGUAAAAGACAAACAUGACUCUCACAACCUCCCAGGGGACCACGCAGAGGCCCAGUCGUCUGGUCUUUACAGAUGUAGCCAAAGCGCUUAACGCUUAACAGCUCUCUUCCAUUAGUUGAUUUCAGUUCGCGGGGCCACUGGCCUCAUCGACAUAUAGACUGUCGCUCAGGAAGGAAAACAAAGGGACACCUGGACUUUUUGGGAACAACUGGAGCUUUGGUGAACGUUUUCAUCACUACAACACACUACGUCAAAUGUCAGUCGUUUUCAAAUUAUGAAAAAAAAACAACUAAAAACUAAACAAACGUAGGGUGCAUGUAUGAUAAGGGAGCGUAACAGGAAGCAUCACGUAUGAUCUUGCACUGUUAUCAUUUGGCGCACAAAUGAUGCACUUUUCUUGAAUCAUGUUGUGUCAUUGCUGUUAAAAUGUUUGGUAGCUUGUCAGUGAAGUUCUUCUGAGCUUCAAUAUCUACUUCCAUGUUUGUUAAGAAAGAAGUGUAAAUAUGUGUUAUAUUGAUUUUGUGGUCUUACAUCUUUGACGAGCUUGUACAUGUGUUACAAUCCUUAAGUGAACUGUCCCUCCUUAUUUUGUUUCUUCUUUAUUGAGCAAUGAAGGAUUGUUUCCGUCUGUAUACAUUAAAACUAUUUAAACCAA